GGGCUCAUUCAACAUCCAAGAUCCAGGUCACCUCGGAUAUUUACAAGUAACGCCUGCUCUUAUUUGCUGACCCUACAAUUUUCAUUCGGACAAUGGAAAGAUUGUUAUGUUUGUUUUCUUUACUUUUUGGGGUAGUAUCUUCGUUUUUCUUUCUAUUUUCUUGGAGCAGAUGUACUAGUCAAUGUUUACUCUUCGGAGUCGUGAAUGAAGUGAGGCGAAUACACACAGGCGGUUCUGUGUUGUGGUGUUUGUUCUGUUUUGGUGGCAGUUUGACAUCUGCUGUUGUAAAUGCAGUUAUGUUAUUGCCCGUCGCUUCAAGGUUUGGAAGUGUUAUGAAUAAUUCAAGAAAUGUACUGUUAGUGAAGGUUUCUUUGAUGUGGACCUUCUUAGCUGCUGUUAUAACCUCUUUGGGGUUUAGGCAAUGGUGUAGUUCUUUCCAAGUAAACAGUUGUAGAUAUAACAAGGAGCAAGACUGGCAUGCUUUCACCCCUCGGCACUCAGAUUGUUUUGGAGCUUUUCUUUGGCUUGCAAUCCAAACGGGUUGCCUCUGGCUAUCUUUUCUCUGUCAAGUUGGUUUUUAUUACAGAUGCGCCAUUGUUAGCUCAAGAUAUUCAAGGUUAAAAUAAACACUUUAAGGUGACUUAAACCACGCAACAGGAAAAAGAUCGUUGUUAAUUGCAGAACUUGGAAAGAGGACGCUUUGAUCGUAUUGAGAAAAUGAACAAUAUUGAUAGUCAGAACCAAAGUUUACUUGAUCAUAAUGGAAGCAUCAC